AAUCGUUUUGCGUUUGAAGAAUUCAAAUUUUUUACACCAACAAAAAUGUAUAAAAUAUUUCAAAAAUCAGCUUAUAUAUAUGCCCCCAAAAAACAUGGUGUGUGUGGCAUUUGAUGUGCGUUUUCUGGUGCUUGUGUGUAUAAGGAAAUAAUCAAAAUAUGUCGCUUAUCAAUUCCAUCACAUUGCCAUUUCUCAUAAUAUGUGCAUGUUUGCCUUCAUCUUCUUAUUCAUUCACUCAAACAACUCACGCUGUCGAAGCGUAGAGAAUCGAGAGAAAAAAAAAUUAUUCUGUGCAAGUAAUAUGAUAAUAAGGAAGUGAACAUAUACAAAAAAAUAAAUAUUAAAACUUUUCUGUUGGAAUUUUCAAGCAAAAAAAGAGACAUUCUGAACAAUGAAUUUAUUUAUAUCAUUAUUUGGAUUAUUAUUAUGUGGAUUAUUAUGCGAGUCUGUUAAAACACUUGAAGCUGAAAAACGUCCAGUGAAAAAAAUUGUUGCACGAGCUGGAACAAAUUUGACGCUGCCAUGCGACGCACUCAAUGAAAAAUCUAUUUCGAGAAUUGAAAAAUUAACCUGGAAAUUGAGCCAGACAAUAAUAGUCAAAUAUACUGACGGAAAGCCAUUAGAGCAUCAGAAUAGGAGGAGAUUUCUGAACGCAAAAAAUUUCAGUCUACAUUUGCAUUCAGUUCAAUUGAGUGACCGAGGAGACUACACAUGCCAUGUAAAUGAGAAAUCAGCAACUGAUGUUGUAGAUUUAAUUGUACAUGCUAUCCCGGAGCCACCUAAUCGCCCGAUGAUAACGAGCUUUACAUCACGAACUGUUAAUUUAUCUUGGUCGAUGAUUCAAGAUCCUAAAAAUGAACAAGUUGUGGAUUUUAUAUUGGAAACGAGGAUCGGCGAGAGUGGUGAUUGGGACCAACUGCCUCAAAUUUACGCAAAUAGCAGCAUCACGUCUUAUCAGAUGACAGAAUUGAGGCCGUUUACGAUCUACAGUUUUCGUGUUCUUGCUGUUAAUAGUUUAGGAAUAAGUCCGCCUUCAAAAGAGUCUUAUUACAUAGUUACGUUAAGAGAAGUGCCAGCAGGAAAGCCAACUAUAACGACCGCACACAAUACUUCAUCAAGCUCAAUCUAUUUGUCAUGGAAACCACCACCACUUGAUACAAUUUUUGGUGAAUUUCUUGGCUACAGGAUCACAUAUCAUGCUCGUGAUGUGAAGCCGGAAUAUAUUAAUGAAAUUUUCGUUCGUGACAGCAGCGUUGAAAAUCAUGAAAUUCACGAUCUUGAUACUUAUACACAGUAUCUGAUAUCAAUUCAUGUAUUUAAUCCUGAAGGGAUCGGUCCUGCAACAAAUAUCGGAGUAAUGACAGAUGAAGGCGUACCCUCCCAGCCUAGAAACGUGACUGUUCAUGAAGUUACACCAUCAUCAAUCAGAAUCUCAUGGCUCGAACCAGAGAAGCCUAAUGGUCCAAAUCUCAUUUAUCGAAUCUAUUACACAUUCUUAAAUCAAACAUUGCUCGCUAUGCCAAAAAAUGAUCCCGAAAAUGUUGCCAAAAGUGAAUCGGGCAUUCAUUAUUACACAUUGAAAAGACUUAGACCAUAUACUGAAUAUAAAAUUGUGGUUGUUGCAAUUACACCGCGUUACGAUGGUAAUGCAUCAACACCAAUUUUCCAACGUACUGAUGUAGCGGCACCUGCUGCACCGAUUCUCACAAAUCUUGCAUGCCAAAAGGAUGGAACAAUUUACGUAAAAUGGAAACGACCAAUGGUUUAUUAUAACACAAUAGAUUUUUACAUCAUUAGCUUUAAAGCAUCCGUAUGGGACUUUUAUCGGCAAUUUCAGAUUAAUUCAUCAGCCGAACAUAUUGAAAUUGAGCUUAAAAUACCAAAUUUGACAAUGAAUGAAAUGUACGAAGUAAAAUUGCAGGCAGCUUCGUUGAGCAUUUUCAGUCCGAAUAAGCUUCAAAUUAGUGAAGCGACGUCACCGAAGCAAAUUGCACUUCAACCAAACUGCGAGCACAUUGAAGCUUCACAACGUAAAGGUUUCGUACAUAAUUAUGAUUUUACAAUAAUUGCAACCAUUGUGUUGAGUUGCUUUGGAUUUAUGAUGGUCGUAUUGGUUUUCGUCUUAUGGCGAAAAUGCUUCCAUUCUAAUUACUACUACUUGGAUGAUCCAAAUAAUUCACAAUCGUCUCCUAAUGUUGAUCUCGAGGUUCCAAUAAAUAUCGAUGGUGAUAUUCAUUAUCCCGUGAGUGUUGAGGACUUUCCCAAGCAUGUAGCAUCAUUGCAUGCUGACGGAGAUAUUGGAUUCAGCAAAGAGUAUGAAAUUAUUCAGAAUGAGUCAAUUGUUGAUGAGCAUAGCAGCGAACACUCACAACAUUGUGACAACAAAUCUAAAAAUCGAUAUUUAAAUAUCAUUGCAUAUGACCAUUCGCGUGUACAGCUACGUAAGGUACCGGGUCAAAAGAAGGAAAACGAUUACAUUAAUGCCAAUUUUAUUGAUGGAUAUCGUCAAUCGAAGGCAUUUAUUGGAACACAGGGACCGCUACCAUCAACAUUCGAUGGGUUCUGGCGAAUGAUAUGGGAGCAGCGUGUUACCAUCAUUGUCAUGAUCACGAAUUUAGUAGAGCGUGGAAGAAGAAAAUGUGACAUGUAUUGGCCAAGGGAAGGAACUGAAACUUAUGGCGUAAUUCAAGUUAAACUAGUAAAGGAAGAAGUCAUGUCAACAUACACAGUCAGAACAUUCACAAUUCGUCAUACAAAACUGAAAAAGAAGAAGCAAUUUGCAGCUGAGAAAUAUGUUUAUCAGUACCAUUACACAAACUGGCCGGAUCAUGGUACACCAGACCAUCCGUUGCCAGUGCUCGAUUUCGUUAGAAAAUCAUCAACAGCUAAUCCAAAAGAUGCAGGUCCAAUCGUUGUUCACUGCAGUGCUGGCGUUGGUCGAACUGGAACAUACAUCGUUCUCGAUGCAAUGUUAAAACAAAUUGAACACAAACGACUCUUAAAUGUAUUUGGAUUCCUUCGGCACAUUCGUACGCAGAGAAAUUUCCUUGUGCAAACAGAAGAACAGUACAUCUUCAUUCACGACGCACUUGUCGAAGCAAUCGCAAGUUGUAAUACCAACUUAACCAUUGAUCAAAUUGCCGCACGUGAAAUGGAUGAUGAAUACAUGGAUGAACAAUUUAAACUCAUUACAAGCUUCGUACCAAAAGAAAUUCACAUAGCAUCGGCAACAAAGCAAGUAAAUCAAGUUAAAAAUCGAAUGAUAUUCCCAUUAGAAGGAAGUCGUGCCCAUCUUACACCAAAACCUGGUAUGGACGGAACGGAUUUUAUCAAUGCAUCAUGGCUUUUUGGUUUUAGACGAUUACGUGAUUUUAUAGUUAGCCAACAUCCACUGUCAAAUACAAUAAAAGAUUUCUGGCAAAUGAUAAUGGAUCAUCAUGUUCAGACGAUCGUGUGCCUCUCGACAGUCGACGAUGUUUCGUUUCUACAGUUUUGGCCAAAUGAGAAUGAGACAAUCGAAACUGAUUAUUAUCGUUUACAAUUAUCGACAGAGGGUGACGAUGAACAAUAUGAUUAUGUCAUAAAAAAAUUCAAAAUACAGUCAAUUCAAGAUGGAACAGAGAUGGAUGUGAGAAUGCUCUAUAAUCCAGACUGGCCAAACCUUAGUAAUCCACAAUGUUUAUACGACUUUCUUGUUAAAAUGCAUGAACGAAGCAAUGGAUAUCGUAAUGGUCCAAUUGUUGUAAUGGAUCGAUAUGGUGGUGCAGAGGCAGCAACACUUUGCGUUGUCUCAUCGUUAGCACAUCAAAUUGAAUAUGAUAAGACGGCAAAUAUUUAUAUGUAUGCAAAAUUAUAUCACAACAAGAGACCUGGCAUUUGGCAAUCGCCGAAUGAUAUAGCAAUGAUUCACAAAAUUCUCGCCACAUUCCCACCGAGUGGUUUUGAGUUAUUAAAGCACACAGCACUCAAAACAGAAUUCGAUGACUCAAUUGUGACAGCAACACCAGAUUUAUAUAGUAAAACACCAGAUUUAUUUAGUAAAAUAUGCAGCAAUGGAAGUAUAAGCAAUCAUUUAAGUAACGGCAAUGGCAAUACAAUAAUUGUCAAAAUGAAACAUGACGGUGAGAAUGGUGAUUUAGCUGCAAUCGUUGUAACAUCUGGUGACACAAUGGAUAAUUUAAUGAUGACUAAAUAAGAUGAGUGCUGUUAGAGGAUUAUUGCAAGCAUUUAAAUGUGUUAUACAUAUUAUACAUAAAAUGAAUAAUUCAAGGAUCUCAAGAUUUUAUUUCUCUUUUUUUAUCUCUCCUACACACACACACACACAUACACACAUACGUCAUUCUUACAACGCCCACAAGGUAAAAGUCUCCUUUCUAUCAUUUAUCAUUAUCACGAUUAUCAUCACCAACAUUGACAUUAAUUGAGGCAUUAAAUGUGCAUGUAAAUUUUUUUUAAAGAAAUCUCAAAAAUAUUAAAAUUUAAUCAUUUUAUGCAAAAGUUUAUGGUAGACAAAUGGAAAUUUCAGUUGAAUUAAUUUUAGGAAUAAAAGCUUUCAUUUGGAUGCUAUGGGAUUGUUUGAAGAUAUAAAGUAUGCUUAUCAAUUACAAGUGAAAUUUGUUAGAAUUUGCAAUUUCUUUUUCACUUUCUCAAUAAUCUUAAAAACUGUUAUCAAAAAAUUAGAAAAAAUUUGAGUUGAAAGCUUUACGAAAAUGACUCAAUUUAUCUAGUCAAAAAAUCACAAAAUACGUGACAAAAAAAAAUAAAUGAAUAGAGUUCGUCGAAAAUUCAUCAAACAUGAACGUGACAGUAAGUCACAGCUGCUAUAUUUACUAAAGCUUUUAUCUACAAAAAUAUAGGACUACAUUUUAGUAAAAGAUUUACAACGAUACAUAAAUUUUCGAGAUAAAGGUUUGAAAGAUCUUUAAAUCCUUAAAAGAACUUUAGAAAAUCAAAAAAAAAAUAAUAACCCUUUGCUAAUUUGUCUGAUGAUUUUAUUAAUUACAGUUCAUUAGAUCAAAUAAUUAAAAAUCUCGUAAUUUAAACUUAAGCUGAAAUUUUUUUGAAUUCUUUACUGCUGCAGAAACCAUAAUCUACCAUAAACAAGCCAAAUCUGGUGCAACAUUAAAAAAAUCAUAGCACAAAGAAUUAGUUUUGUAAAUUUUUCUCAUUAUCUCUUGAAUAUAAUUUAAAUUAAAUGAGCAUAAUAUUAAUGUCAUAUUUUAUGCAGUAUCUAUCGUAUAAAAUCAUAUUUAUACUGCUUUAGGAAAUAUUUUUUAUUAAAAAAAAUCAAAGACUGUUUUUUACACGUAUGAAAAUAUAAAUGAAAAUAAUAACGGAUUUAAAAAAAUUAUUCGUAAACAUGGUCAGAAUGUCUAUUUAGUGCAAAAUUUUGCUUCUUUCGAUUACACAGAAAUACACAUGACACAAGUUUAAUAGAAAACGAAAUCAAUGGCAAUCGCACAAAAAACGUAAGAAAAAUUUUCUUAGUAAUAUGCUAGUAUUAUUCUUUCGUAUCAUCUUCCUGUAUUGUUGGUUUUUUUUGUCUAUGUGGACUAUGAAAAUAUGUUCUGGAGGUUCUGUGGAAUUUCUAUUUGGAAAUCAGGUUUUGGCAGAUGCAUAAUCCAAUUUAUGUAGAAAAAUUAGCAGAGCAGAGAUCGAAGCCGAUUUUUUCGGCGUAACUCAAUUUUUGAUUUUUUUGAUAGAAAAAAGCCAUUUAACACCCAUUUUAAGUAUUUAAAUUGAACUUUACAUGCUUUACUAUGAUUCUGUGAAAUAUUUUUUCAGCAUGUAGCUAUAGUAAGCUCUGAAUUUCAAUUUAGCCGAUUUUAAGCCGAUCGGCUUAAAUUUCGGCU